AUGUCCACGACCAUUCUUGAUCCAAAGAAAAUGGAGAUUCACUCGGUCUCCAUAAGAUCCAAUAGUACUCUAAGCAUUGGGGCCUUUUGUCUCCCACUACCAUCUCGCCAAACCGAGAUUUUUGUCUACAACCCAGACGGCACCGAGGCCUAUGUCUCCACGCGGGACAAGCGUUCCUCAGGCAAUGCAAUCCUGUCUCACCCAAAGCGCGAAAAUCUUAUCCGAACUGAAUACUUCUUCGGUCCGAGCCGCGAUCCCGUUGUGCACCUGCUUCAACCUUCGAGUGACAUUCCCGAGCAAGUGAUUGUUGCUGGAAAAUGGACCUCCCGCACAAUGCGCUUUGGUAUGCCUGGAGGUAAACAGUUUGAAUGGGAAUAUGCCAAGGAAAAAAGGGCAGACGGGCAGAAAGUCAAUUUGAUUGUUUUCCACGUAGUAGAAGAAAAGGGCAAGAGUAAAGAGACCCAAGGCCACAGAAUUGCACAGCUAGUUCGUGGAGUGGAUUCUCGGACGCCCGGCACGUCGCGGUCUUCUGCGGGAAAUGGGGGUGAAUUGCAGAUUGACGAAGCUGCGUUACAGUCCCUCGAAUUGGACGAGGCGGUUAUUGUUGUGACUUGCCUGAUGAUGUUGAAGGAGAUUGACCGACGGAGGAUGAUUCAAUUUGCAAUGAUCGCGGGAGCUGGUAAUUGA